UGGUCAGAAAGCCACUGACACAAAGUGGGAGGUUCCCGGAAAAAUCACUAACCGGAAAGGAAGGCCAGGGCCCAAGAAGAAGAAGAAGAAGACAGCCGCUGCCGAUGUGAUCAGCGAAAGAAGAAAAAGUACUCUCCCACCGGUGAGGUCUCCUCUUCCUCUGGUUCAUUCUCUGCCUGGCCUGCGCUGCCCCGGCUCAGCUCAGCCUCGCCAAGCCUUUCUCAGCCCGUACACCCAGCGUCAGCCUUGAGUCGCCCGGACCCCCAGCCUCUUCUCUCGGCUUCCUCUCGUCUCCCAGCUCUUAACACAGCGCCAUGGCAGGGCGAGGCGGAACAGCACGGACCAACGGCACCGCGGCAAGCAGCAAGAUCUGCCAGUUCAAGCUAGUGCUGUUGGGAGAGUCAGCGGUGGGCAAAUCCAGCUUGGUGCUGCGCUUCGUCAAGGGCCAGUUCCAGGAGUACCAGGAGAGCACCAUCGGAGCUGCCUUCCUCACACAGACGGUAUGUUUGGAUGACACAACAGUCAAGUUUGAGAUCUGGGACACUGCAGGACAGGAACGGUAUCACAGCCUGGCGCCCAUGUACUACAGGGGAGCCCAGGCCGCCAUCGUGGUCUACGACAUCACCAACACAGAUACAUUCACACGUGCAAAGAACUGGGUGAAGGAGCUCCAGCGACAAGCCAGCCCAAACAUUGUUAUUGCACUGGCAGGGAACAAAGCAGACCUGGCCAACAAGAGAGCUGUAGACUUCCAGGAAGCACAGGCAUAUGCAGAUGAUAACAGUUUGCUCUUCAUGGAGACCUCCGCCAAGACUGCUAUGAACGUCAAUGAGAUUUUUAUGGCUAUAGCCAAGAAGCUUCCCAAGAACGAGCCCCAGGGUGGCCCAAGCGCUGGCGGACGGGCCAGAGGCGGCGUGGACCUGCAGGAAGCUACACCACAGGGCAGGAGCGGCCAGUGCUGUGGGGGUGGGAACUAACUAACACACUGAGUCAGUCGAUCCAGCCAACCUACAGUAUCGAGCAACCAGACCAGAUAUCAGCCAGCUGUCAAACACAUCCCACUGGUCGAACCACGCCACGGUCAGACCAGCUACCCUUUGAGCAACACAGCACCAAUCAACUGUUUGGCAAACCAGUCCACUGGCCAGUAAACUGCCAGAUCCCACCGACGAUCAGUUGAAACAACUGACACCAACCAACAGACAAAAGAAAUUAACCAACAGGCUUAUUUACAGAAACAUGUUUUAACCCCAGGACAUGCCGACCCAUGACCUCUCAAUUGACGAUGGACAUUUGACGUCACCCCAGGGAAAACAAAAAGGUCCCAGUGAUGGAAGAAAGGAGAAAAAAAAAAAAAAAAGAUCAAUCAGUACCAUUCACACUUCACAGAGCCAUCCGCUCACCUUGUAUCUCUGUUGAGGAAAAAAAAAAAAAUCAAAUGCAACCUGGAGGAAUGUAAAACAGGCUUGUUGGCCCUCGCCUCUCUCCUAGCCCCUCUUUUC